AUGGCUACUGCUCGGCAGAUAUUACAACAAGAAAUAUUUGAUCAAUGUGAUCAAAAACUUUUAGCGUUUGUUGGUGUUAGUAAUGAUUCAAAAAAAAAGAAAUUUGGAUACCUGUGUUUAUCAGACACCAAGGAACCACCAUCAAAUAUUUAUAUUCAUCAGAUAAAAUUUGAUAAUAAAGUUGUGAAAAAAAAAAGAAUUUGGUCAUUGAAUGAAUUGAUUACUGUCGAUGGCAAGACUUCAUCUCAAGAUUGUUUAGAAAUAGAACUGGUACUGGAUAAACCAUAUAAAUGGGUAGCAACUAAUAAUCAGGAGCGUAAAAUAUUUUUGAUAUCGUUGUGGAAGCAAUGUGCCAGCCAUGUAUUUGACAGAAAACCUGAAUUCAAAAAUUUACCUCUUGACUGGACAUCUGGCGAUUUAGUUGUUCUACCAGCUGAUCGUAAAUCAAAACUUUCCUUAGCUGUAUCGCCUAUUAUUAGUGCUGAAGAUUUUCAGCCUCUUUCAGAAAAAGAAGAACAAGAUCUAGAGUUAUUAAUGAAAGAAUGUGGAUUUGCUGCCAAAGAUGCUAAAGCAUUUACAGAUAUGUUGGCUACUCAAUUAAUGGCUCUAGAUGGUGAGAAUGUACAGAGUGUUCUUGCCUCAGAGCCGCAAGUUACAAAAUUAAUGGAUCAAUUAGAAACAGCUAUUCAAGAAAUUGAAAAGGUAGAAUCAGCUUUAGAUAUGUAUGAUGAAACCUUAAGACAUGUGCGAGAUACUAUUGAUAAGAUGGAUCAGAAAAAUGCUAAUAUUCAAACAGCUAAUAAAAAUAAUGAAAAAUUACUUAAUGAACUACAAAAAGUAAUUCAUCAAUUAGAACUCUCUCCAAAACAUCAAUUAGCAUUAACUGAUGCUGACUUAACUACACCAACUGGAUUACGAGAUGCUAUUGAGGCUGCAAAAGAAUUACAAGCAGUUAUGAAUGCGCAAAUUCAUCCAGCUUUAGUUCGAUUAAAAGCAAUACAAGAACAAAGAAGACGAUUUGAAAAAUGGAAAGCAAAAUUUUCUCAGAUUCUCUCUAGGCAUCUUAAUAAUUUGUUUAUUCAUAUGGGAAAUGAUAUUGGAGAAUCAAAAAGAAAUUCCAACAAUGAAUUGACCAUCAUGAAACACACUUCAUUGCAUCGAGAACUUGCUGCUUACACAGAACUAAUGCAUUGGUGUAAAGCAAUGGAUCGAAAAUCUUUUAUGGCUCUUAAUAAAGUGUAUACAUCGUCUUUAUCUAAACUUUAUGAAAGAGAUAUAAAAUUGUUUUUAGAAGAUGCAAAAUUGCGUAUAAAUGCUGGCCAUUUAUCUAAUUCAAAAGAAGAUAUAAGAAAGUCAACUGGUCCACCGUCAGAUUGGUUAUUAGGUGUAGACAAAGAAUUUUGGGCUCAAGAAAGUAAUGCUCAAGAACGACAAAGAUUUGACCAAGUAUUGGAAGCAGUUCUUUCUGAACUUGAACCAAUUUGUUUAUCCGAACAAAAUUUUUGUGUUUCAUUUUUCCAAUUGGAUAUACUCAGCCCUACUACCAAAAAUACCCAAACAACCUUGGAUGAAGUAGAUGUAAAAUCAAACCAAGAAAUAUUACCAUCUUUACCAAAGACUAAAAUUGAAAAAAAAAUAAAUGAAGAAGUUAGAAAAAUGAUGGGUGACAUUUUUGCUUGUAUAGAACCAGAGUUGAUUGGAUUUAUUCAAUAUCAUGAAAGAAUGGAUAGCACUUAUUCAAUGGCUGUGUUAGUAAGACUGGGCCGUCAUGUUAUGUCUGCUAAUGAUACCGGCUCCUUUUUAAGUAUGACUUAUGGGUCUGCAUUAGUUCAUGUAAAAAGAAAUUAUGAUAAACUCAUGCACGCUCACUUAAAAUCAAUUCAAGAAGUAAGGAUUGUUAAAAAGUCUAAAUGUGGCAUACUUCCUUUUGUUGCCAACUUUGAGUAUUUUGCCAAGACAGCUGAACAAAUAUUUAAAGAAACAGAGCGUCGAACUGAUUUAGAUAAAUGGUAUCUUAAACUCUUAACUGUAAUGUUUGAAACUAUUCAUUCAAUUGCCAGUGAACACCCUAAGACUCCCGCCGAAGUUAUCAGAAUGGAGAACUUUCACCAUUUAUAUGCAUUGCUGUCUCAAUUAAAAAUUGGUAUAUUAGAUCAAUUCAGAAAAGAUGCAAAACAAAAGUAUAGUGAGGCAUUAAGUGCUUAUGUAACACGUUAUUUUGGUAGACCGCUCGAAAAACUGAAUUUAUUCUUUGAGGGUGUUGAAGCUAAGGUUUCACAAGGUAUAAAAGAAUCAGAAGUUGGUUAUCAAGUGGCUUUCAGUAAACAAGAAUUAAGGAAAGUAACUAAAGAGUAUCAUGGACGAGAGGUGAAAAAAGGCUUAGAUCAUUUAUAUAAAAAAGUAGAAAAACACCUUAGUGAAGAAGAAAAUUUACUACAAGUGGUUUGGAGAGCUAUGCAAGAAGAAUUCAUUCAACAAUAUAAAUAUAUUGAGGACUUAAUUCAAAGGUGCUAUCCUGGUUCCAUGAUUUCAUUAGAAUUUUCCAUUGAAGAUCUAUUACAGUAUUUCUCAGAAAUUGCUAGAUCCCAUUAG